AGAAGCUGCACGACAAAUCGAGCGCUUCUUUUUCAGGUGUCGCGCAUGCGCACUGCAAACCUGACACCGGAAGUACUUCAUGUAAGGGUCGGGUGGAAGGGUAACGUUAAACGUUUGCGCCUAAAACUAAAGAUGAGCGGGCAAUCGAAUGCCAACAAAGAGUUCAUGGAGCAGCUGCGGAUGCAGGAACUCUAUGAUCGGAGAACUGAUGGUGGCUCUGACCCAAACACCUUCACCGACCCAGAGGACGGAACCGUGUAUGACUGGGACCCCGAAAAGAAGGCCUGGUUCCCUAAAAUAACAGAGGACUUCAUUGCAGCCUACCAGGCCAACUACGGCUUCACUCAGGAUGGAGAUCCAGAUUCCAACCAAGCUGCAGUGAGCAGCUCCAACCCAGCAGCCCCAGAACCACAAAGCAAACCUUCCGAAAAGGCCAAACCAGGAGAUUCCUCCAAGAAACAGAAGCUAGACAAGCAGGAAGAAGGAACACAGAAAGGGGAGAAGAGAAAACCAGAUCCAGGAUGGUUCGAUAUAGAAGACAAUAAAAACACGAACGUCUACGUAUCAGGCCUGCCUCUUGACAUCACUCCUGAUGAGUUUGCCGAGUUGAUGUCCAAGUGCGGCAUUGUGAUGCGGGACCCCAUUACUGAAGAGUACAAGGUCAAACUCUACAAGGAUAGAGAGGGAAAUCUAAAGGGAGAUGGUCUCUGCUGUUAUCUCAAGAAGGAGUCAGUGGAGUUGGCUCUGCGUCUGAUUGAUGAGUCAGAGGUCAGAGGGUACAGACUCCACGUGGAAGCAGCACGGUUCGAGCUAAAGGGCCAGUACGACGCCAGCAAGAAGAAGAAGAAGAACAAAGAGUAUAGGAAAAAAAUGCAGCAGCAACAGAAACAGUUGGAUUGGAGGCCGGAGAAGCAGGGAGAAUUGAGGAAGAGGCAUGAAAAAGUUGUCAUCAUUAGGAACAUGUUCCACCCCAGUGACUUUGAGGAAGACCCACUGGAGUUGAACGAGUACCGUGAUGAUCUGCGAACAGAGUGCGAGAAGUUUGGCGGCGUCAAGAAGGUCAUCCUCUUCGAUAGACACCCGGACGGCGUGGCAUCGGUCGCCUUUAAGGAGCCCGAACAAGCCGACGCGUGCGUGGAGUCGUUCAAUGGUCGCUGGUUUGGAGGAAGGCAGCUGAGUGCUCUGCUUUGGGAUGGAACAACGGACUAUCAGGUGGAAGAGACCACACGAGAGCGCGAGGAGCGACUGAAGGGUUGGUCUACUUUCCUGGAGGGAGGCGAUAAGGGACCGCAGAACAAUACUGAGAAGCCAGCAGAGGGCAACAGCGCCAAAACAGAACCCACAGAACCGUCCAGCACCACAGAGCCCGAACAGCAUCCCAAAAAAGAACCACAGAAACGGGAAGAGGAAGCAGACUCUACAGAUAGCAGCCUUGAAGGAAGUGAUGAUGAGAAAGCCUAGGUCCUUAUAUACACACACACCUUUGGUCGCCAUGGCAACCAAUCAGGACAGUUGCAGUAGAGUGUGAACUGUGGUAAACACCCGUUCUGACUGGGUAAGGAGGAGGUGGUAUUGGGGCAGUUUGAGCUGUUUUGUAAUGUAGAAAAAUAAAAUUGUGAUUUUGGCUACCCUA